AUGUGGUGGCUUCAAGCAUCUAUAUUAAUACUACUAGCGGUUUCUGUACUUUGUGAAGAUCAGACUCUGGACCCAAACGCUCCAACUGCUUGCAACAAUUUCUACGAAUAUGUUUGUGAAAAACCGUUAGAUGUGGGAUAUCCUCGACUUAAGGCAGUUCUCUGGUCGCAAAAUAACUUAUCAAAUGAAAUCGAUCAAUACCAGGACUAUGUUUUUCACCCACAGCAAAAACUAAGGUUUUGGGAUGUUGCCAACGCAGAUGUCAUUUCCAAGUGGUUGGUGCAAUUCGACACUAAUGAUAAUGGUGUGAAAUGGAAGGAGCACACUCUACGUCAUGAAGAGUUUUUGACUUUUGAAGGUCCUAAAAAACGAGAGGCACUGGAGAAAAUCUUCGAGAACUACAACCUUUUGGUGAUCACAAGAUUUUACAAAAGUCUCAAAAAAUCUGUGGAGCAUUUGGAGGACUUGCAUGUGCCAGUUUCCAGCCACAACCAUUACUAUCAUGGAAUUUUUGAUGAAAUCGUGGACAUUCACAUUUCUCAAAUUAGAUCGGAGUCAAAGUAUAAUGAAGAACAGAAGAAUUACCUGAUCGACAGAGUGAAAAAAGUGAAAAUCAUUUUUCCGUACUUGGAGUACAAUAAUAUCACGGUCUGGAGGCAAGCCAAGACUGCUUACGAGAAAGAGUAUUACAGAUUGAAUGCGGUCAUCAAUGAGACCCGUCUCCACCCCGAUGUGGUCGACAAAAUGAUCCGAGUGUUGGCUGUAAACCAGGCAAUGGAAAUUUUCGAAAAAUACAUCACCACGUUUACACCGCGAUUCGUCUUCCAACAUGUGGUUUCAGCGGCCACGCGGCACUCAUUCAACUACCAGGAUGAAAUUCAUCUUUCAAUUUUUACAGUAUUCAACCCAAAAACGAAUCCGAAUGCUGUGUACGAUCGAAUCUUGUAUGUUAUGUGCCAUGAGUUGUUACAUGUGCAUUAUAAUGUCGAUCCGCCACCAUUCGAGACAGAAAUUUGGGAUCGGGAGAAGCAGUGUAUUCAUGAUAGGCUGGAUUAUUAUGCAAAUGCGUAUAAGAACGAAUCCGACUGGAGUCUUGCCCAAUUUUCCUAUGAAGACAGUGCAAAUGUUUCUGGCUUGCGUUUGAUGCUCCUCUAUCUUGCCCAGAUGACUUCUGACAGCAAUCAGAUUCGUGAGAAUAUUGAAAACGUUGUCACCCGAUUCUGCCACAAGACGCAACGAAAAGCUGCUGCACAUAAUCCUCUCGACGUCUCCCUGAAUGUCGCCGUGUCACAGAUGCCCACAUUCAACAGUCUCUACAACUGUACCCCCGGAGAUCGAAUGUACGUCGCUCGUGACAAAUACUGCAAAGCGUUGAACAUGGACAUUGAUGUGAACGACUACCUCACACAGAAGGUUGAGAAGGACGAUUUAUUCGUACUCACGCAGUUCAUGGAUGUUCUAGAAAACACAGCUGACGAGUUGGAUGCGGCGAAUAUCACAACCAUCGAGUAUGAAAAGUUUGAUGUGACGGUGACAAAUGUGGAGGAAGAGGAAGAGGCUUUGGAGGGAAGUGCCGAGAGUUCAGAAUCUUCUUCGGAAAGCAAAGAAUCCAGUGAAGAAGAAGGUGGCGAUUUGGAGGAUGAUCUGAAGGAAGCCGAAUCACUGGCUAGUUUAAGCUCAUCAUUCAGUUUCAAAUUCAUCGUCAUCUUGGUUUUCUCAAUUUAUCUUCUCUAA